AUGCAUAUAAGCAUUCCCUUGUUGCACUGGCAUUUUUGUCAAGGUUUGAUGUGUUUCUUAUGUCGUGAUCAUGUUUAUGUUUGCAAUCUGAGCACCCAAGAAUUUUUAGAAGUUCCAUAUUCCAUUAAGCUUCGUAGUGUUCGUAAUUUUGCUCUUGGGUAUUUGCCCUCCACUAGUGAAUAUAAGAUCGUUCAUUGGUUUAGGGAAACUGAUAGCAAUGACGUCCAACAGUUAGUGUGUCAAAUUUUUACUAUAAAAGAAGGAGGAUCAAAUGCUCAAGGUUCUUGGAGAGUCAUCGGAAAUUCCCCUGAUUUUUGCUGGGGUAGUGGAUUCCCAAUCAGCUUGAAUGGAUCAAUUUAUUGGUUUGGAAAUGACCACAGAAAUAAUGGAGACCCUAUGAACAUAUAUACUUUCGAUUUGGCUACAGAAGAAUACAAAACUGUUGUGUCCCCUAACUUAUUCAGGCCCUUCCCGUGA